GCGUGCUGUUGAGCAAGAGGAAGGAGUGGCUAACUCUUGUGUGAGAAAAGAGAAAAAGUAGGCAAAGAACUGCAGAGUGUGUCUGUCUCACACCUGUCCUGCUGCCUGCUGUCACCAAGAGAGGGAGGGAGAGAGAAAGAGAGAGAGAAAGAGAGGGAGGAAAGUGAAUGAAAAGAAGAAGAAGAACAAACAAGUCACUGGAAACUAGCAGAAAGCUGCAAAGCAGAAGACAAAUAAAUAAAUAAAGAACGAAAGAAAGAAGCAAAGUCAUGAAGGACAACGGCAAGAAAGGUGGAAAAGGACAGGGAGUUCCAGAAGCAGCAACCAAUGGGAAGAAUGCUGCCGAGGUGAAACAGGAAGACGAUGGCUCAUUUUCUGUGAAGAUUCAGGGCCCCGGAGUUGAACCUUUUGAGCUGCAGGUGCACGGGUUCUGGCUGGUCCAGGACGUGGUGCUGGCGGCUCUGGGCCGUGACGAGGUGGCUCCGCGCACCUCCCUCUCGCUGGCCCUCUCGGGCGUCACGCUGGACCCUCUCGUGCCACUGCAGCAGGUCAAAGGCCUCAAGCCAGGGGCCAUACUACGCCUGGUGGAAGAGCCCUACUCCCCACGUUCUGCGCGCGCUCACCUGGCGAGGGUACAGGAUCUCCUGAGAGCAGCAGGACCUCAUGACUCCUUAAAAGACGGCAGAUCCCCCAGCAUUCUCAGCACACUCACACACACACACACCACAGAUGCUCCCCCUGCUGGACACUCCUCUAAGGGCCAGAAGCGGCCAGCCAACAACACCAAAACAGAUCAGCCCGGCCAGGAGACCGCCCCUCCAGAGUACAUCCUGCCAGGAGCCACCGAGCGGCCCCCUCUGGCCACUCUGCUGCCCGCAGACCCACACAGUGAGGUUCCGAGCUGUUUGUUGGACCUGUCACUCAGCUGUUGGAACCCGCCGCCCGGCCCCAGGAAACUGCAGGGCGACUUUCUGUACAUCACUGUACACACACGGGAGGGCCGGCACUGUGAUAUCACUUCCUGUCCUCGUGGUUUCUUCCUCAACAGGUCUACAGCUGAGGUGUUUGACCCACGUCCCUCCACUUCCACUUCUGUGUGCCACUGCCUCUCGGACCUGCUGAGUCAAAUCAGCCCAGAGUUUAAACAGAAUCUCACUGCACUGAGAAACAGAAACCAGCGUCCAUCCGAGGAGGCUCUGGCAUCUCCGUACCGGGUGUUGAGCUGGCUGGGUCCUGCCUCUGCUACACGCUCCCACAGGCAUACCUACAGCAGCCCACUGGCCAUACAGGAACACAUCAUCCCAGAGACUCCAGAUUGGAAUGAGGAACUGCAGGCAGCCAGAGAUCUGCCCCAGAGGUCUUUGGAGGAGAGACUGCAGAGAGACAGAGCCAUUCAACAGGUCAACAGCGCCUUUGUAUGGGCAGCCACACAGGGAGCGGAGACUGUGAUUGACGGCUGUGUGGACCCAGUCAACGGCGCCAUGGAUGAGGCAGCCUUCCUGUGGAGUGGUGUGUUUCUGAGCCAGGGCGGGGCAGCCGCGGCCCAUCUGGGAGGGGAGAGGGGGAAGAGGACCGCCCAGCGUCUGGAGCUCAGGGCUGUUCAGGCCUACAGCCAGCUGGACGGCGAUCUGCACAGUCUCCACACGCUGCCCACGGCGGUGGUGGACUACCGUGGUGUGCGUCUCUCCGCGCAGGGCCUGGCCCCCGGCUCGCAGGGCUCCGAGGCUGGGGCCCCCCGAGGCCUCCUGUAUGGCUUCGCCGCGGGGCCCCUGGAGAACCCACUCCGCAGGAAGCUCUUGGAGCUCCUGGCCCAGUCGGCCAAGGGCCUGUCCCUGCAGAGGCACGCCGUCAUGGGCCCCGCCAGGCACCAGGUGCCCCUCUUCACCUCCGUGGACGCCCAGGGGCUGCUGGGGGCUGACGGGCGCUACUACGUGCUCGACGUGUUCCGCACCAUGCCCGCCGACGCCAACUACCAGGCUGCAGAGGAGGGCGAGGAGGCCCAGAACGGAGAAGGGGAUGGCAAGGCUGAGGAUGUUCAGGCAGCGGCGACCUCUGACCUUAAAGAGCCAUGCAGGUUCCCUCACGCUCUCUGCCGCCUGAGGCCUGAGCUGGUCAAAGCCUUCAUUCAGCACAAAAACAUCCAGUUCACGCAACGAGUCAGAGAAAGGAUGGAAGAGAACGGAGGAGUGGAGGAGUGUGUUAAACCAGGUGACCCGCGAGGGGCAGAGGCAGUAAGAGGUGCAUGCAAAGAUGUGGGCUCCAUCAGUGAUAUCAUCUUUGAGAUGCGCUUCAACCCCAAUGUUUUCACUCCAGGAGUCGAGUUUGCCCGCUCUGAGACAGAAGCAAUCGAGCUGCAGAAGAGAUUGUUGAAGGAAGCCGGCUCAUUCAUUCUCACACACCAGAUACCAGCACUGUUGGAAGACUGUUUGCACUGCCACGAGAUGCCCAUAGAUGGCGCUGCUCUCUGCCGUGUCCUGCACGAGAGAGGCAUCAACCUGCGGUACCUGGGUCAGCUGACCACGGCCAUCAACAAAUCAGAGGACAAGGAUCGUCUUCGGCACAUAAGAAGAUUGGCAUAUACUGAGAUUGUCUUGCGGUCAGCCAAAAGAAUCUUCAACAAUUUCUUACAGUCAGUGGAGGUGUCAAGUCUGUCAGCAGCUGUCAGUCAUUUCCUCUGCUGUCUGUUGCUGCCACACCAUGGCUCCGCCUCUGCUGGGGAGGAGCCUAAGAAGCGUUCCAGGAGGCGAGGCCGUGGAGGGGGAGGGGCUUCCGACAGUACGGCCUGGAGUUCUCUCAGUGGGAACGAGCUGUGGAGCAUGAUUGGUCAGGACGCCAAAGCAACCUAUGGUCUUACAGACGGCCUUGGUACCAAUGCUGACCACCUCGUGGAGCACUAUGGCCUACAGAAGAUGUCUCUACUGAGGGAGUUCUGUCUGAAGACUGGCGUACAGCUGCGGCUCAGAGACUAUGCCCUUGAUAACCGUACCAAGGCACCCAUCGGACCUGACGAUGUGUACAACAUCCUACCUGUGGUCAAACACCUCACCAUGACGACCCAGGAUGCCUCACGGCUAUUCCGUGCUGCCCAGGGUUACCUGCAGAAAGGCCAGCUGGACAGGGGGUAUGAGCAGUUGAAGGAAGCGGCCUACCUGUUUGGCCGUGUGUGUGACGACCUUCACCCGGAGGCCUGUAGCUGUCUCAGUCUGCUGGCCAAAGCAGCCUACCUACAAGGCCGGCCCGUGGAGGCCCGUAGUGUUCAGCUGAGGGUGGUGGUGAUCAGUGAGAGAGUGCUGGGCUUCGACCACCCCAACACCAUCAAGCAGUAUGCUCUGUUGGCGGUGUAUGUGUACGCUGGCGGGGAAGUGGCCUUGGCACAGCGGUGCCUGUACCGCGCUCGUCUCCUCAUGUUGCUGGUGCACGGAGAGGACCACCCCUACAUCGCCACCCUGGACAGCUCCCUGGGGUUAGUGUUACAGGGACCGCAGUCCAUCCAGUACUUGCAGAAUGCCCUCAAAAUCAACUCCUCCUUCAGGGGGGACAUGGAUGUCAAGACUGCCCUCAAUCACCACCUGUUGGCCCAGAAGAUGUGUGUAGCUGGAGACUACAGGGCAGCCAUGAACCAUGAGAGGGAAGCCCAGACAGUGUUCAAGAACAAGUGUGGCGAGGACCAUCCCCAGACCAAAUGCAGUGCUGAGUUCCUGACAGCAAUUACCCAGCAGGCUGUGCGUGUGGAGCGCUCCCUUCGUCAGGCAGCACCGGAGCUCCCUGACUUUACCACACCGGAGACUUUGGCGCCCUCUACAGACACAAUACUGGAACAGCUGGCUCUGGUCAAUGGCAUCCUCAAGACCUCCUACAGUGAGAAACUUCUUCAGAUGAAAGAAAAACUGAGAGAAAAGAAGGCAUUGGAAGAGGCCACAGAAACAAAAUCUGAAACCCCAGAAGCAGCCAAUGGACGAUCUGAAGAGCAAUCGGCCAAUGAGGGAGAAGUUGCUGAGGGUGAAACCACUCCCUCACUUGAAGAGAGGGCUAAUGGUCACUUGAGCGAUACUGCUAAUGCUGAGUCAAAAUCUGAAACCCCAGAAGCAGCCAAAGGACGAUCUGAAGAACAAUCGGCCAAUGAGGGAGAAGUUGCUGAGGGUGAAACCACUCCCUCACUUGAAGAGAGGGCUAAUGGUCACUUGAGCGAUACUGCUAAUGCUGAGUCACCCAUCCAAAAUGGAAACUGCUCAGCAAGUGACACAGACGAAGAAGGAGGAGCCACAAGAAAUGAGGACCAAUCAAGAUUGACCAAUGGUGAAGCGCACUCCACAGCAGCCAGUAACCAAUCAGAUGAGGCAGAGCCAAAAACAAACGGGGUGUCCGGAUGUCACGACGAAGAAGACAACACAAAAGAUGGAGCCCUGAUUGCUGUGAGCAAAUCAGCAUCAAAGGUUGCCGUCUCCGUGGUGACGGAUGCCCAAUCAGAAGCCACCGUGAUCAAUGGAGGAGACAGCGUCAUGACCAAUGGUGAAGUGACGCCAGCACUGCAAGAUUCUGAGUGAGAGUUGAGCAACCAAUCAGAAAUAAGGAUUUGUGAACAUUGGCAGAGUGAACAAAACAAUUAGAGCAAAAUGACACACCAACUAGGGAAUCACUGGCUACACCAUGCUUUUCUGUGACCAUGUGACCAAGGAUAUACUAUACUGUAUUUGAAGAUGUUUAAGCCCUAACUCAUAAAAUGUCCACAACCCCCAUAGUAGAAUUUGCUUUGAUUCUAACCAUGCAAGGUGGCAUUUUGCAGCACUGAUAUCAUAUCCAAGGACAGUAUUGUGUUCUGGUAUACUUUUAGAAUUUAGAAAAUACAGACCUUGCUUGCAAGUCUUACAAGUCACACUUUUAUUAUGGUUAUUCGCUGUAAAUGCAUUACUCACAUUUCCUUGAUCCCAAAUGUCUGACCCCCAAGACUUAAAACUGAACCAGCAAAAUCUGUUGCUCUUCAACACAAAAAGAAUCCACUCGUUUCAUAACGAGUUCAGAGAGAGAAGAGAGUGGCAUGAAAGAAUGACGAGGUAAAAGUGUUUUCAUAGACACUGGAAAAGGAGAGAUAGAAAGCAGUUGAGAGAGGAGGAGAGGAGACUGUUGUUUUGUGGUCUCCUCAUGUUGUGAAUCAUGUAUCUGGUGAUGGGAAUGGGAUGUUGUUGUUGUCUGUCUGAAGGGUUUUUUAAAAUGGUUACAAUAAACAUGACACUUUCACCGAAA